AUGUCGCGCAUGCGCCAGACCAUCGCUACCCGCCUUAAGGCUUCGCAGAACGCUGCCGCCUCCCUCACCACCUUCAACGAGAUCGACAUGUCGUCGCUCAUGGACUUCCGCAAGCUCUACAAGGACGGAGUCAUGAAGGCCGACGGCGUCAAGCUUGGCUUCAUGUCCGCCUUCUCGAAGGCUGCCUGUCUCGCCCUCAAGGAGAUCCCUGCCGCCAACGCCUCGAUCGAGGACGACACGAUCAUCUACCGCGACUACGUCGACCUCUCGAUUGCCGUUGCCACGCCGAAGGGUCUCGUUACGCCCGUUGUCCGCAACGCUGAGCAGUACGGCCUCGUCGGCAUGGAGAAGGCCAUCCACGACCUUGGUGUCAAGGCCCGUGACGGCAAGCUCACGAUCGAGGACAUGACCGGUGGCACCUUCACCAUCUCGAACGGCGGUGUCUUCGGCUCGCUCUUCGGUACCCCCAUCAUCAACCUGCCCCAGGCCGCUGUCCUCGGCAUGCACUCGAUCAAGGAGAAGCCCGUUGUCGAGAACGGCCAGAUUGUCAUCCGCCCCAUCAUGGUCGUCGCGCUUACCUACGACCACCGCCUCCUCGACGGAAGAGAAGCCGUCACCUUCCUUGUCCGCAUCAAGGAGUACAUCGAGGACCCCCGCCGCAUGCUCCUCCCCUCGCCUGUGUAA